ACACACACACACACACAUUAAACCGGUUCAGUGUCAGUGUCAUGUAAACGCUCUCUCACGGGACCAGGACUUUCGCCUCGGUGGGGAUCAGGAAUCGCGGUGUGUGCAUCCGUUUUGCCUUGCGGCUCCGCCCGGUGUGCGGUGCGGACUGACGGCACACAUCUGAGAGUUUUAUUGGAUUGCCCGACAGCGGCGGGAGAGGACUAGUCUUACCCCCAACGCGGGACAAAGAAACCGGGGGGAGAUCAAGGAAACAGGAUAAGAGUGGAAUAAGAGAGGAGUGAACAUGGACAGCUGUCUCUUCGCACUCGCUUUUGGGCUUUUAAUGCUCGGUGGGUGCUCGGCCCGUGUGGUGACGGUGCCCCCAGGUCCGUUAAUCCGGGUGGAAGGCCAGCCAGUCUCCAUCAGAUGUGACGUCAAAGAGUACACAGGACCUAAUGAGCAGGAUUUUGAAUGGAAUAUGUUAAAGGACACGAGUGGGCCGAAGAUAAAGAUAAUCUCCACUUUCGACUCUCGCUACUCUGAUCCGUCGCUCAGCAAGCGCGUUGCGUCCGGGGACAUCUCGGUGGUGCGUCUCCAAGACAACGAGGUGGAGCUGAAGAUCGCGGAGGUGAAGUCGCAGGAUGCCGGCUUCUACGAGUGUCAGACACCGAGCACCGACUACGUCAUCAGCGGAAACUAUGCGGCUAAGGUCCAACUCACAGUCAUCUCCAACACCCUCAAGGUCUCCCCCAAGACCCCGCCCCCAGUCAUCCCCGAGGGAAGUGACCUAACUCUCUCCUGCAACGUCAGCCGGGAACUCGUCCACCCCACCUACCUGUCGGUCACCUGGUCGGUGAAGAAGGGGACAGCGUCGGAGGAGAUUUUGACGUUUGGUCCUCAGGGAGACGUGGUCACGGGGCCCAGGUUUGCUCGGCGUUAUGCGGACGGAGGCAUCCGAUUGGUCCCCGGCAGGAAUGGAUUGUUUGAACUGGUGAUUUCCAGAAUGACGACGUCUGAUGAAGGGAAUUAUGAAUGCAAUGGAACAGAGUGGACGCACGAAAGUGGAGGACAAUGGAUAAAAAUCGUGGAGAGUACUAAAGAGAUGGGAACCGUUGCCGUUACUCCUACAAGUCAUUCCCUCAGCGUGAAGGCUUCAGCCACCUCCUCCUCUCCCUCCUCCACCUCUCUGGUCCUCACCCCCGGCAACUCGCUGACCCUGAUGUGCUACGUCGCCGCCGACAACCUGCCUGCCCUCUCCCUGGAAGUGACCUGGCUGGCCGACGGCCGUGAAAUCGUCACCAUGGAGCGCAGCGGGGUGGUGAUCACAAACACAUCCUCCAGCGGAGCGCAAGGGAAAAGAGGGGAGGCCAGCCUAGAGCGCACGGGAGCCGGGGAGUACAGGUUGGGGGUGGGGAAGGUGAGCGGCGAGGACGGAGGAGAGUACACCUGCCGGAUCCGAGCAUUCAUCGAGAAAGGAGGACGGCGGUGGCACAUGACAACGGAGAAGACGUCCAACCCUGUGGCCGUGAAGGUCUCUGAGAUCAAGCCAAACUUCAUGCUGACCCUUGAAGCUCAGCUCAACCCCCAGACGACAGCUGAGCCAACAGAGCUGGCUUGUCGCGUGACCAACAUUACCAACUUACCUCCAGGAGGCCGACUGGGCAUCAGCUGGGAGCACACAUCACUUCCUGGUCUAGGGAACGAUCCUCAGUCCUCGCAUCCCAUUGGCUCCUUGGAUGCCUAUGGCAACCUGCUGCCGGGGUCGAUUUAUGCGGAAAGGGUGAAGAGCGGCGCAUUGUCGCUGAGCAGAGUCCAGCCCAACACGUUCAAGCUGCGAUUCCUCCGCACACAGGAGAUCGACAUGGGCCAGUAUGUUUGCAGUGUAUCUGCUUGGAGCGUCAACAGCCAGGGAGACAUGGUGAAGAGCACCGAGUAUAAAAGCUCGCCGCUGACUGUGCGAUGGGACGCCAAGCGUCCAACUGUGAAUGUGGUGGCCAAACGCAUCCGUGAGGCAUCGGUGGGUGGGUCUACCUUUGAAAUGAGCUGCAGUGUCUCCACUACCAACAUUGGUGAGGCGGGGUACUCGGUGCUCAUCCAGUCUCAGGACAGCUUGGAAAGCACCGUGAGAACCAUCAUGACUCUCAGCCCCGACAAUGUUGUACAGCAUGGGGGAGCCACAGACCCAAACAGGAGAGACAAUCUGGUUCUGACCAAGUCGGGUCCGGCAGAGUUUCGGUUUCGCCUGGCAGGCGUCCAGUUGUCCGACAGAGGUUACUACUGGUGUGACAUCACUGCAUGGACAAAACAGCAGCCAGGGCAGGCUUGGACUAAAGCCAGCAGCUCAGAGUCAAAUAAACUCCAGAUAAACUUCCAGGAAAACGGCCCAUCCUUCUCCAUCGCCAUCCACUCAGACGAUAGCAGCGUUUAUCCGUGGGAAACGGCCAAGAUGAAGUGUUCGCUCAGCGUCUCUGGAUCCUCACCAAAGACUGAUGAAGUGGCGUAUGAGGUGAAGUGGUUUUUCACCAGGCUGCGUGGCGGACAUACGCUGACUCAGGUGGCCAACGUCGACCGCUUUGGUGUCGUGAGGAAAAUCAACCGUAACUCAUCCAGCGACGUUACAAUAGAGCGCAGUGACACGCACACCUACCUGCUGAACAUAUUUGGCACUCAGGACAGUGACAGUGGGGAGUAUUACUGCGUUGUCACUCCCUGGUACCUGUCAGCCUCAACGGGAGCCUGGACAGAAGCUGGAGAGCUGACAUCAUCCAGAAUCUUCCUCACUGUCAAAUUUGCAGUUUGGGACUCCCUAAAGUUACCGCUCCUAUAUGGUGCAUCGGCCUCACUGGGUGUUGGCCUCUUCUCUCUGGUCCUGGGUCUGGUUUGCGCCCAGUGCUGCUGCCGCAACACCGCACACCUUCCACGCUCACGCAACAAACUCAUGGACCUGGAGAUGGACUGACAAACACUUUCCCCCGCGCCCUCACACUGCAGCGCUCACAGGAAGCACCACACGCAUAACAGACACACGCCCAUAGACGAUUUCUGGGACACCCAGUUGUUCCCAGGCGACGGGCGUUGGGAUUAAAAAACGCAUUUUCGCAGUGCUUUAAAAGGUGCUCAGGAUUUUUUUUCGACUCUGCAGUGUAGGAGCAGGGGACUUUUCACACUCACCAAUGGGAAGAAAUAGCCUUUUCAGACUUCUGUUUCUAUGAAGAAAUCUGUGGCGCUUCUAGAGAAUUUUAUGCAGAUAAAUUUGUGCCCCGCUGAUACCACCGCCGUAGGAGAAGCUCUGAGGGAUCCAGAGUUUAAUAUCUGAGGAACAGGAGACUUCUGAGACAACACUGCCACUUGGGAAUAAAGGAUCAUUAAAUAGAUCUGCUGCCUCUGUAACCACUAGAGAUAACAAAUGAAGUGCUCAGGCCAGACUACAUGCUUUUUUUUUUCUUAUCCUGAUGCCAAGGCAACCAGUAAGCAGUGUACCAGCGAAUCGCGCUAAAAAUUUUUUUUGGGAGGAAGCACGCAAAUUUCAGGGGUUCUUUGGGGUCGUUGAGACUGGAGUGCCAUUACUUAAAUGAAUCUGCACAGGGUUAAAGACAUAACACAUCCCUGUUAAAUCACAUGGGCUACGCCUGCUAAAGGUAUUCUGGCAUUGCACUACCACCCCAAAGUAUUCCUACCUUAACACAUGGACAAUAUUUACCUUUAUUCUCAACUCUAGUUUUUUGAAAAUUAAGAGAUUUUAAGUGAGAGACAUUUUUAAGCUUUACACAGAGAUAUGCAGUGUGUUUGUGUGUGAGAUAUACUGUACAUGGUGCCAAUAUUUUGAACUAAUGGAGGUGUGCUUGGUUCAUAUUGCCACAUCAACACUUGAACUGCUGCUCAAAGCAGCGACAGCAAGCACUCUUCUUUUAUAAAUAUUCAAAAAAAAAAUGUAUCCAGCUGUUAUUUUUGCCUGAGUCUUGUGUGUUUCGUACACUGUGUGAGUGCUGUGCUACAGUGUGUGAGACAAAGAGUUGCAUGUACUGUUUUGUAAUGGCAGUAUGAUGUCAUUCAUGAGCAACACAAGUCCAUUUUUUAAUUUUUUAUUUUUUUACCCCCCAGGGUUACAUUUUGAUCACAUCAGAGCUUCCUCCAUCUAGAUUUGAAAAGCUAGCUGUCAUCUCGCUGUGGCAGACUCGCGUGUGCUGUGAACAGCAUGACUUUGGGUGAUGCAAGGAUCUCAGUUUCUUCCAUAGUUUGCAGUUUUGAAUAAAGUCCAUGCAUGUUUCUUAGCUUUGGGUUUAAAAGGAAUAGUCAAAUAACAUGGAAAUGUGCUUAGCCUGGUUAGCUUAGUGGAGGAGGAGGGGGAAAAUGCUAGCCUAGCUCAUUCGGAAAUGAAACAGUUGGCUUUGAAAGAACUUGUUCUUCUCUCAUUUACAUUUCUACCCAAUUUACAUAACCAACAUAAAUGACUUUCUGAAAUGGUUGCCAAGCAAUUUGUGUCAUUUUUGGUGUAGCUAGGCUAGCAGUCCCACCCCCACAAACAGUAUAAAAGAUGGCCGUAGCUACCGCCAUCUAAAAGUCCCAUUUUAAAACCUUGAAAAGAGCAUUUCCACCAUUAACAUUUGGUUGCAGAAAAGGGGAUGAGGAACACUGUCAAACUGCACGCACAUUAGCUAACGACUUGCGAUUUACAGCUUGUUAGCCAAUGAGCAUGCAGUUUCAUACCACAGAUAAUCCUCUAUUUUGAAACACAGCAUGACCGAGAUUUACAAUACAGACUUGAUUUUUUUUUUUAUUCAGUAUGAACCAAAAUGAGGGACUGAGCCUAUGAAGUGUUUCCAGAAAUCUGUUUUCUCACAAGCUUCUACAGUGUUUUUGCAACCACAGCUACCGCCAUCUGGUGGCCUUCAGAUAGAAGGCAGGUUGAAGGCACUUCCUCAUUGGCUUCAAUUUUCCAACCUGGAAGCUACAUCCAUGUUUUAUACUGUCUAUGGUCACACACUUACACCCCUAUCUACUUAUUAGUUAUGAGCUCACCCCUACAUCGGUCUGAUGACAAACAACGAGCUACAGUGUAGCUAAAAAAAAAAGUGGCCGGUAAACAUUUCUACAACCAACAAUGUGUGCAUUAUUACCCUAAUUCCUUAGAGAUGUGUAGUCUCUGUUUUUUUUUUGUUUUGUUUUUUUUUGAGAGUUCUGCUGUUUUCCUUGCACUUUGGAGAUGAGAGACUAAAUUGUAUUUCUGUAGAACGACAACAACGAAAAAGAAACCUGCAAUAAUCAGCCGGCUGGCAAAGUUGGCUGUGUCCAGCUCAUAUCAGCUGACAUCUGUUUAGUCUCUGUGGUGUUUUUAUCGCAAAUGAAUGGACUUGCGGUGACUGGUGUAUCAUGACUGCUGUGUGAACACACACACACAAAGUGAGGAAGUUUGUGUCCAAACCCAGCGGGAUCCAAGUGGGUCUGUUAGGUUUUUGUUUUGUUUUUUUAAAUAUGAUGUGCCAGGCAGUUUCCUCCUGAACUGGCUGAGGUUGAAUCAGACUUUUUGGUGUGUUUUUAAAGGGAGUUUUAGGCAUCUUUAUGAGCAAUAUGAGGCUGCAGUCGAGUCACAGGUCACAGAAAGCUGAACUUUUCUUUUUCACCCUCAAUCAGACCUAAAACACACAGUAAACAUGUAAAAGAUCCCUGCCACUUUGAUUCUGAGUAAAUGUUCUCAGAUCAACAUUUUUCUUUCUGUUUUUUUGUUUUUUUUUCUUUCUCACUGAAACAAUUUAACAUAAUGGUCUGCAUCAUUUCCACAUGUCCUCCUUUAACUAUUAAAAAUGGUGUUUUGGCUCGACUGAAGGCGGCUGGUUAGUGCAGAAACUUCCAGUAUGUUUCCUUAAAUCCUCUCUGUGAUUGUACUGUUGCAGUAUUCAGAUCAGGUUUUACCACUAUCAUUAACACACACCUACACAUUCACAGAACCUGAGCACACAGGCAAAUAAUAUCGUUCUGCGAGGGUAAACAAGACCUACAAAGCAGCAUCAGUACACACCCCUGAUCAUGUGAUCAUGUCACUGCAAAGCCUCCCCAGUGUCUUUUUCUAUUUUGUCAUUUUAUGGCAAUUAGUAUGAUGACUCAUAAUUUUUUUUUUUUUUAAAUAAACAGAUUUGUAAGAUG